AAGUCCUAAAUAAUAGUUGGAUGCAUUCACCUGCUUUGGACUGCAGAUUGGCUAAUGGAAAACAAGCUGUUUCAACCAUAAACUAAAAGUACAACUAUCAUGCUUGUAAACGAAUUAUAGUGUUCAAAAAUCAUAUAAAUAGAUAGCUUUUUAUAAAUAAUGUUUUGUUGCAUUUAACUGCCUAAAAUCCUGUUAUCGAGGUCAUUUUUUAGUAGGUGAUAUCAAAGGUCAGCAUGUGGGAAAAUUCAGAGCUCAGGGAUGAUAGACAAGUUUCACACUUGUAAUUACCAGUUGGAGGGGCGUUCAAGUGGAUUUAUUCCCAUCGUAUGUGGUAUCUACCAGCUUCCUAACUGGUUAUGAACACAGCAUUAGACAACAAAAACACUUAACAAUAUUACAUUUUCUCAUAUAUAUGUUUGACCGUUGCACAAUGUUAUUCUCUACACAGGGAGUACUGAAAGACCAGUAUGCUAAGAGCACACGUGUGUGUCGGCGCUAUGUCAUCUCUCAGAGACGUUUGUGCUUCGAUGGGUCAACAUCCGCAAGAAGAUAGCAUGUUUGCAAAGUGCAGUGGGGCCAGUGAGAUGGAAGACGUCCUGCAGCCCAGCACCCUUUUUGACAGCCAUGCCUACCCGUGCUCUCAUAGAUGAGCCAAUUACCCUAGAGGGGCAUCACCUUCCCCCUCACUCACCUAUCACGGUGCGCGCCUAUAUGCAUAACGAGGACGGUGACCUAUGGGAGGCGCUCUCUCACUACAACACAGACUGGAGGGGUGUCGUCAACAUGACCACAGAUGUGUCUGUAGGGGGUUCCUAUGUGGGCUGUGAGCCCAUGGGAUUGUUUUGGGCCCUGCAGCCUGCACCUGGAGAGAGAGAGGGUCUGAGGCUGCAGAAGAGAAACGUUGAGACUCCGUACUCAGUACAGUUGUCCUUAUUAGAGUGUCACAUUCCGGUUCUACCCAGUGAGGGUUCCAACAAGGAGCAGCAGCAGAGAGGGGAACAGGAGCUGGCUGCAGUGACUGUUGAACGCUGGUACAUGGCACCAGGUGUCCGGAGAAUAGAGAUUAGGCAGAACGGAGUAGUGGGGACCUUGUUCUUACCCCCAGGUCCAGGUCCUUUCCCAGCCAUGGUGGACCUGUGGGGUAUGGGCGGGGGGCUGAUAGAGUAUCGCUCAGCCUUGUUUGCUUCCCGGGGAUUUGCCAGUCUCUCCCUGGCCUACAUUGGCCACAAAGACAUCCCUGGUCCACUCAACACUAUCAAUGUGGGAGAUGCCUACUUUCAGACUGCAUUCCAGUUUCUCCAGGACCACCCCCAGGUGUGUGGGGACAGGCUGGGGGUCAUUGGCCUCUCGUUCGGAGCCUACCUGGCUCUGCGAAUCGCCACUCAGAUUGGUGUCAAUCCCAGGUGUGUGAUCGGAGUCAAUGGUCCAAUAGGAAGUAUCAACAAACUAUCAGACAGCGACGGCAAGACCGAAAGCUUUGAAGGGGAUCAGAAGCACUGGAGUUACGAUGAACAGGGCUACGUCAGCUUCAGAGAAGUGUCCACACCCAACAACAUUCCACCUGAGAACAAAGCAAAGGUUGAAAACCUGUGUUGCCCCCUACUGUACAUUGUGGGUGAAGAUGACUUGAGCUGUGCAGCUAUUGAGAACGCAGAUGAGAUUGAGAAGAAGCUUAAAGAUGCUGGUAGAUCCCACCUGUUCACCCGCCUGUCAUACCUGGGUGCUGGCCACCUGAUUGAGCCGCCCUACACCCCCAACGCCCGAGCCUCCAUGUGGACCACCCGACCAAAGAAACUGAUCACUCUCUGGGGAGGGCACCUGGCACCCCAUGCUGCCGCCCAAGAAGAUGCCUGGAAGAGGACCCUGGAAUUUAUGGAACGCCAUCUAAGAGGGUGAAGGGAGAGGAGUAGUGACCACUUUGUGAUAGAAUGGUACAUUUCAUGUCUCCACAAUGCAAGACCCAAAACUCAAAAUCAACUGUCCAAAAUCAGGUGGACUGUGUUCUCGUGAAUGUACUGUAAUUUCACAACACAUAUUGUUAUGUAGGCAUCUAUGUAUUGUCAUUGAUUUGUAAAAUGUUUAUGUAUACAACUA